ACUGUAGCAAAGCCAAUCAUAGCUCAAUCAUGGAUUGAUCACACGCCAAUGCCGGAUCCGUUGACAGCAAGGAGGUGCGCUCAUAUUGCAGUAGUUGGCGCUGGUUGGUGGUCGCAAGGGUGGCAUCUUCCACAGCUUAGCCGCAAUUACCAUUCUGAAAUCACUGCGAUUGUCGAGCCCUGCGAAGCUCCUCGCAGCACACUGAAUCCGGAUUUGAAGACCGUGGAGGAACUCAAAGAGCUUUAUGGAGUGCCCAUUUUCAAGACAUUUGAUGACUUUCUUAAGUCGCCACAGGCAAAGUCCACUGAUGGCGUCAUUAUAGCGACAAGUCAUUCUUCACACUAUGAGAUUGGCAUGAAGGCGAUGGGCCACUUUCAUAUAUUGAUGGAGAAGCCCAUGACCACAGAUCUCACAGAGGCUGACGACCUUGCCAAGACUGCAUUGAGAUGUCACAAGAUCUUCAUGCUCAACAACACUGCCAAUUUUAGACCAUCUGCUGAGAAAGUACAUGAUAUGGCUAAGAGUGAGCUUGGGAAGAUCCAAACAGUGAAGUGUUAUAUGGCAGCUGCUUUGCUUUGGCUCUUUGAAAAUCCUGAGAAUGAGGGUUGGAUCAAGCCAACCGGUUCCAUGCAAGGAAAUGGCUUUGGAUGGGGGCAAAUGUCUCAUGCGCUUGCUUGGUUAUUUUUUGUGACAGAAUUGGAACCGGAGAGUGUUUUUUGCAGCAUGUCGUACUCCGAGAAAACGGGUGCUGACCUUUCUGACAUGGCCAUUAUUCAUUGUGCCGGUGGUGCAAUCAUGAACAUCCACGGCACCGCAUCGCUGCCGUUUAAGUCAUAUUUUGAGUCGACCAAACACAUUGACAUCAAAGUGUUUGGAUCCAGUGGUGUUCUGUCAUAUGCCGGAGAGGACCAGCACCCUGAAUCGGGUGAGUUGCGGCUUGAGCGAUAUGAUGGAACAGAGGUGCACCUUCCAGGCUUCUACUUUGAGAAUUACCAAGCAGAGGGAGAUGGGCCAGAAUCUCUGCAAGCCUUUCUGAAAGGCUGUUCGGGAGAGAAAUUUCUGAAUGCUGCAGAUGCUUUGAUUGGAAGAAAGGUAGUGGCUACAAUUGACGCUAUGUACAGAAGCGCAAAAUCUGGACAAAACGAGACCAUCAGAAGUCUGAAAUAGAAGCGAAUGGUCAAAAUGAAAGACAAAGCUAAGAUGCACCCACACCACC